AUGAAUAAAUCACCACCAACCAACCGCCUUACAGUUUCCUCGCUCCUCUCCCCACCGGAAAUGGAGCGCUCCAGCUCUUUCGGCUCUGCAAUGCCCUCAGUGGCUCUGCAAUAUCCCAAAGUCGACCCCAACGCCAACACGCAGUACCAUCUUCCGCAGCUUCCAAUGUUCAAGAUGCCCGCGUACGCCUCGCCACCAAUUUCGCCUUUCGACACACAAACUCAGAAGGAGAACAUGGACAAUGUCAGCGAGCAAGGCACGUUGGACCCCCCACUGUUCCGCAGGGAGUCAACAGCAGGUGCUCUCGCUUCGGACGUGCCUUUGUUCUCGUCUCAGCCAUCGUCUCAGGAGGUCAUCGCUCAGCACAUGCAAUCCGCCGACUACGCUCGGUUAGCGAGCAAGCCAGCUGAAGAGGACUACAAACUCGUCGCUCAGUUUCAAGCCACAGUAUUCAAUCAGGCUCUCAAGAACCGAAGUGCAUAUAAAGCAUGGCGUGCACAGGAGCGUAAAUUCGAGGAGCGUUACAGCAGAUCCGCCAUCCUCGCCGGUGGCAUUCAGAAGCGACCUUCGCCAAAGAAGCUUGCACCCGCACCAGCCCCCAGAUCACGUCAGCCGAAGGUUGCCUUGCCCAAGGUCGCUCCUCGUCCUGCUCGCGAACCGAAGCCUAAACGCACACCCAAGGCUCAGAUCCUCGACUCGUUUGAGGAACACACUGGUAGUGCCUCGCCCAAGGCUGCGCGUCCUGCAACUACUCGCGACGACCUCGACUACAACGCCAUCCCCGACUACUCGCCACCUCUCGAGUCGCUAAUGGGCAACGAGAAGAAGCUCAAGGCUGAGUGGAAGGGCAACAAGCUUGACCUUUCUAACGAUGCCGAUCGUCACCUCCUGCACGAGGCUGAGCUCGAGCUCGCUUCGACGCUCCGCCUCAUCUGCGCCACCUACCUCUGUAGCAAACGACGCGUCUUCCAGGCUCGUAUCAAUGCCUUGAAGAUUGGCAAGGAGUUUCGCAGGACUGACGCCCAGCAAGCCUGCAAGAUCGACGUCAACAAGGCUAGCAAGCUCUGGCAAGCUUACGACAAAGUAGGCUGGUUUGAUGCCGACUACUUUCGCCAGUACGUCUAG